AUGGGGCAAUGGUACAAGCUGGCCAACGAGGUCAUAUCUAGAAAACAGCGGAACUUUUCCUUUGUCUCAAAGCUGCUCAAUUGUAUUCCGACUCGUAUGGUACUGUACGUCGCUGGGGCACGUGGCGAGGCGAUGUUGUUCCAUAGAGUGCACACCCCCUCAAUAUUCAAGAGUCUGUCUUUCUACAUGACAGGUGCCUGCGGCCAUACAUUCCAGUACACAUCACUGCAACAGUGCAAAUUCCCCUCGCGAAAAACCGAGACGUGCUUUUCAACAACCCAUGCACAGGCAACAACGUCUUCACGAGCCACAAUUAGCGACUACACUACUAUCCCCAUCAUGGAGCCAUAUCCUGAGGACAUCGAUGACCUCACCGAAGCGUCAAUGGACGGACGUUGGUUUGGACCGAUUGAUCCCGAACCUGGUGCCUUGUACUCCUUGCAUCAGCAUCACUCCCAACCACGACAUCAAGUCAGAGAUCGCAGCCUUGUAACUCAGCCUGGCGACUAUGGCAAUUCCUCGGAAGAUCAGCCAAUGGGUGAUGCGAAUGUGGUUGGGGCGACCAUUGACUUCCCGCCCCAUGCCAUCCCAUUCUCGUCGAAUAACGAGGCUGUGAGACAGUCUAGCACAGAGGAAAACGUCGACAUUCAGACAUUUCAAUUCUCAUUCACUUCAGGACAGGUAGAACACUCGGUUGCAUUAUCAAGACCCGCACAGGCCAAAGACCUCGGAAACUUCUCAUUACAUGACCGGCAUCUUGUUUCAGCUUAUUUGCACACUGAGCAAGGCAAGAAAGACGAGUCUGUCAAAACAUGGUACAGAGAAAUUAGCCGACCUUACUGGCGCGAAGUCUUGAGUUUCUUUGGAAACCAAGUUCCUGCCUUCAUGUUCGACCGUGUUCUCAACGAGUUUUGCAUGAGUAACCCAUGCAUCAAAGACCCGUGGAGUGGUCACGGCCUGUACAGACAGUUGCUUGUCAGACAACAGGGAGAACCCGGGCAAGUUCAGCGACUGAUCACUUGGAUGUACGGCACGAGAAUUACGCCGCUCCCGUCCUGGCGCGAUACUCUGAGUACCAAGCCGGCCCAUGACAGAAAGGUCCCUUGGAUCAAGAGAGAGAAGAUAAUCGCCCUCUUCGUGAUCCUCACGUGUUCUGAUGAAUCGGCAAAAGAACAGAUGGAAGCAGGCAAGAAAUCGGAACCUGCUGCCCAUAACGUGAAGUUGAAACGUGACAUGUUAGACAAGGCCAAGAUCACUUACCUAAUUUCCAACCAAGAGCAUGUCGUUGCUGACGAAUACUGGGCUGGCUUUGCGGAAGAGCUCGAGAACGACCGCGAUCAGAACCACCUCUACGAUCAAGUCGUGCGGGAGAAGCAGGCUGCAAUUUCCGGAAACAGUGCGAAACCCCGUCUUCAGACCCAGACACAAGAGGCACAGGGACUGGGAGAGCAGAACCACAAACGGAAGACUAGAUCACAUCGAAGAGGAACUCAUGGUGGUCAACGAAAGAUUGGCGGGAGCAGUGAGGUCCGAUCAGAGGAAUCUGCUGGAGGGACCAUCCGGCCGCCUGUCGAAGAUCUGGAGCCUCUUAGAUCGCUUCAGUACGACCCUCAACCUGCUGGUGACAUCAACCAAGGCCCAAAAGACAUGAUCGUGUCCCUCAAGGACCAAGUCCGACAGCUUCAAGGCGAACUCCAGGGAGUUAAAGCAUCAAUCAUGAACGAUCAGCCGGGAUGCCCGAGGUGUAAUAUGGUUGAUUUGAAGAGACGCGAGGGACUGGAAGACCAGCACUUCUGA